AUGGCUGAUGCCCAAGAGCCACUAGAACAAACAGAAGUUGAGGACCUCAGGAAAAUGCUGCUCAGGCGACGAGACAGCCCCCCACCUAACGAUUCUGAGCUUGAAUUAUUUAAAUAUGAUGCUGAGCGGCAUGGCUUUGUGGAUGCGUUGAAUUUGCCCGACUUUUCGCACAUAAAGGAGGAAGAGGCAUGUUGCGACGACACCGAUCAGGAACAGGAGCAUGAGGAGGAGAGCAACAACUGCCUUUCGAUUCGCUAA